CAGAGCACCCGCUUCUGCAUCUGAAGUGACCCCGCAGACCCAACUCCCAGCAGACAUGAAGGCCGCCCUGGUACUCGUCGCGGCGUUAGCCGUCAUUGUGGUCGCCGCCGCGGAGGAGAAGUACACCACCAAGUACGACAACGUCAACCUGGACGAGAUCCUCGCCAACGACCGCCUGCUCAACAAGUACGUCCAGUGCUUGAUGGAGGAUGGGGAAGCCAACUGCACCGCUGAUGGCAAGGAACUCAAGAAAGCCGUCCCUGACGCGCUGAGCAACGAGUGCGCCAAGUGCAACGAGAAGCAGAAGGAGGGCACCAAGAAGGUGCUGAAGCACCUCAUCAACCACAAGCCCGACGUCUGGGCGCAGCUCAAGUCCAAGUACGACCCUGAUGGCACCUACAGCAAGAAGUACGAGGACAAGGAGAAGGAGCUCCACGAAUAAACACUGUACUCCCAUGUCUAUCCCAUCCAAACGUUUUUCUCAAAUAAACUAUAACUUGUAACUCAA